ACCUCGCCGAGCGAGGAGGCGCAGGUGCUGUGCGCAAAGACCAAGUCCCGCGUUGCCGCGCUCAUCGGGAGUAAGUCCCCGCAGGCGCGGUGGGCCGGUGUCGUGCUGGCGAAAUGUGUCCUUGAGAGCUCGUUUGAGGCACUUGCUGCUUGGGGGGAGGGCUGGGUUAGGAGGUUGGUUGGGUUGGUUAAUAGGCCGGAGCCAACUGUCACCACCGUUAUGCUCAUCCGUACCCUUGCGCGGGUGUUCACGAAGCUUACGCUCGACCGGCCGACGCUGACGCGGGAGCUGGUGACGCCGCAUCUUCCCGCUUUCUUUGGGGCGCUGGUGGUCGCGGUUACCACGCCGCGGGGCGACGACAGUGUUACCGCGUGUGCGUGGGAGGCGCUCAGGGAUUCGGUCCAGGCGCACCCGGUCACGUUUAGGCCGUUCGUGGGCAAGACUAAAGUCGCGGUGAAAGCGCUCCUGGAUGGAAGGUGUGUGGAGCAGGAAAUGGAGAGGGUGGUCAGGGAGCUGGUGGUCGCACUGCAUCUGUGUGGCCCUGCGCCCGGCAGUGGUGGGCAUCAGGAGGGCGGAAGGAAGGUUAAUGCCCCCGCGAUGGAGUGGACGGCGCUGUUUAAUGCUGCUGUGGCACGGUUGCAUUCGGCUCUGGAUGUGCUGUUUGAACCCGUGCUCGAGGAGUACCGUGAAGGCGACCGCCAGAGCGGAGGCGAGGAGGCGGAGAGGGAGAUUCCGGUUCUGGCGGAUAGGGUUGGGCUGCUGCUGCGAUCAGUGGGCAGCUUCUUCACGGUGUCGACCGGGCAGCAGCCGCAGAUUCCCCUGGGAAGCCUGAUGAACGCCGUCUCCCGGAUCCUGAGCGUAUCCACGGACCCGGCAUCGACCGAACACAACCCGGCGAUCGAGAAGUCCCAGCGCGAGCUGCUGUUCUCGCUUUUCCCCGCAAUCCACGCGCAGACGUUCGACAUGGUCGAUACCGUCGUCAACCGGCUGCAGUCCGUGGUGAUCCCGUUCGUCCCCUCGCUGCUCGGCCACGCCGUCGCCCUGUGCGGCAAGGAGGGCUACAACGCCGACCUCAAAGUGUCCAUCUACAACGUGACCAGCACGCUGCUCACGCUCGCGGGGCCCGCCCUGGACAAGGAGUCGACACUGUACCUGACCCCACUUCUGCAAACCUGCUGCACGGACCUGCUCGCGCCCCGCGCCGCCGCUCGCACCGCACCCACCACCGCUCCCGCACACAAGAAGCAAAAAACCAACUCCACGACGCACGCGGACUCUCUCCUCUCGACGACCCCCGCCGCACCAAAGUUCACGCCCCCCGGCCUCCCCACCGCCGCGGGCGUCCUCCUGACCACCGCGCUGUCCAAGCUGCCAUCGCAACACAUCCGCGCCGAGCUGCGCGUGCAACUCGAGCGCACCGCGAUCCUGACGGGCAAUCGGGCGGCGCUGCUCGCUGCAGUACUGUUCCCGCGCGCGGCGGCGGAGAGGCCGGGUACAGUGCCGUUCCUGGUUGGCGCGGGGGUUGAUGCCGCUGCAGAGGCACUGGUGAGGCCGAGAAUGCCCGUGGUAUGGACGGGGCCGAGUAGGGAGGAGGUCAGGAGGGCGUUGGAGGAGGAGAAGGAGGCGAGGGAGCUGGAGAUGGAGGAG